AAACUUUCUUCUCUUAUUUUCACAGGUAAAAAGAUGGCCUAUCAAAAAGUCAAUGCAGAUCAAAGAGCUCCAGGACAUUCACAGUACUUAGACAAUGAUGACCUUCAAGCCACUGCCCUUGACUUAGAGUGGGACAUGGAAAAGGAACUGGAAGAGCCUGGUUUUGACCAGUUCCAGCUAGACAGUACUGAAAAUCAGAACCUGGAGAACUCAGAGACUGCGGACCUCAGCCUUGAUUCCAUUCAACCAGCAACUUCGCCCAAAGGCAGGUUUCAGCGACUUCAUGAAGAGCCUGACUAUACUACCCGUUAUGCAAGAUCUGCACCAAAGAGCAACCACUGCACCUUUUGCCGCCUUUUAAAAAUACUUUGUAUGGCCAUCCUUUUAUUUAUUUUUGGAAUUUUGAUAGGCUAUUAUGCACAUGAAAAUUGCCCUUCAAAUGCUACAUCUUCAGGAACACUUGAUCUUCAGUUAUACCAGGAGAUUCUCAAGACAAUCCAAGCAGAAGACAUUAAGAAGUCUUUCAGAGACUUGGUACAACUGUACAAAAGUGAAGAUGACUUGGAGAUUUCAAAGGCGAUUGAGACUCAGUGGACAUCUUUGGGUCUAGAAGACGUACAGUUUGUAAAUUACUCAGUGCUGCUUAAUCUGCCAGGCCCUUCUCCCAGCUCUGUGACUCUCAGCAGCAGUGGCCAGUGCUUUCAUCCUAAUGGCCAGCCUUGCAGUGAAGCCAGAAAGCAUAGCAGCCAAGAUCUGCUCUACUCAUACGCAGCCUAUUCUGCCAAAGGAACUCUCGAGGCUGAACUCAUUGAUGUGAGUUAUGGAAAUGCAGAUGAUUUAAAAAGAAUUAAAAAAAUGAAAAAUAUAACAAGCCAGAUUGCACUCCUGAAACUGGGAAAAUUGCCACUACUUUAUAAGCUUUCCUUAUUGGAGAAAGCCGGAUUUGGAGGUGUCCUUCUCUAUAUCGAUCCCUGUGAUUUACCAAAGACUGCAGAUCUUAGCUAUGAUACCUUCAUGGUGUCACUAAAUCUGGGAGGAGAUCCUUCAACACCUGGUUACCCAAGUAUCAGUGGAAGCUUUAGACAAAACCGAUCAAACCUCACCUCUCUACUAGUGCAACCCAUCUCAGCAUCACUGGUUGCAAAGCUGAUCUCUUUCCCGAAAGACAGAACCAAAAAUGGGGUCUGUAGCCCCCUAGAACUUCCAAAUAAUGAAGAAAGAAUUGUCAAGAUGCAAGUUCAGACAGUCAUGGAAUUCAAAACAGUUACUAAUGUUGUUGGAUGUUUAAAGGGCUUGACUUCUCCAGACCGGUAUAUUAUAGUUGGCAGCCACCAUCAUACUGCAUACAGUUAUAGUGGACAAGAAUGGGCCAGUAGCACUGCCAUAAUCACAGCUCUUAUCCGGUCCUUGAUGUUAAGAGUUAAGAGAGGAUGGAGACCAAACCGCAGUAUUGUUUUCUGUUCCUGGGGAGGAACAGCUUUUGGCAACAUUGGCUCAUAUGAAUGGGGAGAGGAUUUCAAGAAUGUUCUGCAGAAAAACGUUGUGGCUUAUGUAGGUCUCCAUAGUCCCAUAAGGGGUAACUCCAGUCUGUAUUCUGUAGCUUCACCAUCUCUUCAGCAACUGGCAGCAGAGAAAAAUAACUUCAACUGUUCCAGAAGAGCUCAGUGCCCAGACACAAAUGUCAGCUCUGUGCAGAUGCAAGGUGAUGCCAAUUAUUUCAUCAACCAUCUUGGAGUUCCCACUUUGCAGUUUGCUUAUGAGGACAUCAAGGUGUUACAGGGUCCAAGUUUCCUCUCUGAGGCCCUUUUCCCUAACCAUGCAACAAACAUGGAAGAAAUGGAUCCUUUUUUCAACCUUCAUGAAACCAUUGCCAAGGUAGGAGAGGAAUGCAUUUAUGAAAUAUCCAAUUGGCCAACCCUUGAGUACAAUUCCCUAAAAAUAUGUUUAGAAUUACAGAAUCAACUUACAGGUGAUCAACCCAAUACUCAUCAACUGCUAGCCCAGGCCACACGCCUGCGGGAGAGUGCUGAACUCUUCCAGUCGGAUGAGAUGCGUCCUGCUAAUGAUCCAAAGGAGAGAGAUCCCGCCCGUGUCAGAAUGCUAAAUGACAUUCUCCAAGACAUGGAGAAGAGCUUCCUGAUACAGCAGGUGCCACCAGGUUUUUAUAGAAACAUCCUGUAUCACCUUGAUGAGAAGACAAGCCAGUUCUCAAUACUCCUGGAGGCCUGGGAGCACUGCAAGUCACUUACAUCCAAUGAGACCCUUCAAGAAGCCUUGUCAGAGGUGUUGCACAGCAUUAAUUCAGCUCAGGUUUACUUCAAAGCAGGACUUGAUGUGUUCGAGAGUGUCUUGGUUGGAAAGAACUGAGAAAACUCUCAGCAUUUUAAGAAGUUUGUUUACAAUUCCUCAAGCAAAAGCUCUAAUCCAACCAGAUUUUCAGACAUCGAAGACUUUUUCCCCCAAUGGCUUUUUAUAUAAAUCUAAAACUAUGAUAUCACAUUGUAUUUUUUAAUGGACAUAUAGACAGAGCAUUUUGCACAUGUAAUAUUUUCUUAUAUCUGCAUUUCUGAAUAUGUAAAAGCAAGUUAUUGAAAUAAUGCUUAAGAUUUAUCUAUUAAAAAGAAAUCUGCUGUAUUUUUAUAUAUAUAAAAUAUUUGGGGGAAAGUUCCAAGAAGUUUUGGACAAUCUUUGCUCCUAUGGAUAAAAUACAUAGGAACAGAAGUUGUUCCCUAUCUUAGAGCUAUUAAUGACCUAGUUUCUGUAAUAGAAAUGGAGAGUUGAUAUGGUUUCAGAUUAACUUCACUAUUAACUAUUCAAUAUGAAGAAUUCAAGUAUUCUGACUGAACAAUUGGUUGACCAAAACCACUUUGAAUGUUUCUUUUUUAUGAAAUGAAGUGCCUGUUCAUAACACAACUAGAUGUAGUAAUACACUGGUUAUGAAAUUGUAUUUUUUUAAGUAUUAAUGAAAAAAGAGCCAUAAACAUUCCAGGGAAAUAUCUCAAGGUAGCUGUAUAGAGCAAUUUAAAUGCAAUUUUUUUUUCCUAACAACUUAUGAGGUGACUAGCUUUGAAACCUCUAAUUUGCUUCAGUUGAUUUUGUAAAAGUUUCAGAAGUGAUAUAUGUUUUAUGAGGGAGAAAAUAUUUCCUAUUUCUUCGAGUGUUGUUUCUUUUGGAAGCACUGAAACAGAGCUACUCUAAAAUGAAAGCAUCUCACAUUGCUCUUCCUUCUUGUAUCUUUUCUGAAACUCUUUGCUGUAAGGCACUUUUCACAGAAUACCAUAUAAUUUCCACAGGAAAGUAGCAAAGUUUUUUCUUUGAAAACCCCAAAUGUCUUAAAAAGCAGUAAAUUGCUACUUCUGCCACUGACAAAAAGGACUUCCUAUGAAAGAAAUAGUUGUUUUAUUCAAUAAAAAAAAAGCUUCUUAAUUCUAUGGGGAAACUUUUGAUAUUUUUUUCCUUCUUUAUUCAUAAUUGUGACUAAGAUGAAAAUGUAGAUAAUAUUCACAUUCUAAAUUUCAUGCAGAUAAGAUAGUGUUACUAUAAGAACAUUUCUUUCCCACACUUCAAUUCUUCUUUCAUGAGGAAAUGGAAACAUUUCAUACUGACAUUGUCAUUGAAUGGUCCUGGCAUUCCUUAUUCCUGGAAACCCAAUAAUUCUGUUAGGUGACAGUUUAAACUUUUAGCUUGCCCUUAGAAAUUGAUUUGAUAUCUUUUUUUCUAAUAGUGGAUAAAGCAAAUCCCCUUAGGCAAUGUAUCUUCAGAAUAUUUCACGUGAUUUUUUUCCUCUGCUCAACAUGACAUUCAAACACUUCUCUAUGAUAUACCUCCAGAGCAACUUACAGACAGCUCCUUGUAUGUCUAAGUCUUUGCUUUUCAUCAUGGGUGAGCAUGAACCUAAUCUUAGCUUAAAGGAACUUAAAGUUGAGGGGAAGGAAUUAAUCAGUAUUGACUGAUUGAUUCAUAAGGGCCAGAUGGUCUUACCAUAAAUUUGUAUGCUCAAAGCAAAGAAGAAAAUUGAGGAAAUUAGCUGGAUAAUUCGAGCAGAAAUCCAUUUUCACCUGAAUUGCUUGUGUGCACAUAUUUUUACAUGAUAAAUGAAACUACCUUACUUUUUCUUCUUCUUCUUCUUUUUCUCCUUGUAACCAAUAUAGUUGUGUGUUUGAACGCAUUUGCCAUGUUGAGCAGUGUCUAUAGAGAAGAGCUAAGAAGACCAGGCUCCUGCAUACCUCAGCUUUAGCAAGAAAGAGGUGGGAAUACACAUACAGACAUGUGUUGGACAAAGAAUAGAAUACCUUUUACCAAAGGAUCUUAAAUAUUUAAUCAGGCUUUAAUGUGUUAAUUCCAUUUUUUUUUCACUUUGAGUUGAAGUUAAAGCAAAGAUAAAUAAGUAUCAGUUUGGUAGUUUAUCAUUUUAGAACAAAAUUCUAGUUAAAUUCACUCCUUUUGUCUGUAAGAGCUUUGAAAGCACAAAAUAUUUUUGUUUGUACAUUUUUGUUUAAUGAUUGUGUACCUAGGGAAACCACAUGCACAAAUUAAAACCUCAGUACUGUGUAUUGUUCACUUCUAAAUUACAUGGUAUUUGAUAUUUGAAAACUGAAGUUAACUGUGGACUAACAUGUUUUUAUUAGUCUAUUGAAGAGAUUAUGUGAAGCAACUAAUAAUGUCCACCAGCUCUAUGGAUGCAGUUUUACAUCUUUGACUGCAACAAACCUCUUAACUAGGAAUAUUACUGCUAUGGUCUCAUUAUCUCAGGGUUCCUCCAAAUUUAUAUGAUUAAUUUUUUCCCCAAUAGAGCUAAGUAAAUAAAAUACUAUGCAAGUUAAUAACAAGUGUUUUGGGUGAAGUAGUAGUAGGUUUCAAUUGUUGCUGAGAUAUCUUGAGUGUCUGAUAAUUCUCAUAAUCCUUUAUACAUAGAACUGUGUCAAGACAUAAUAAAUCAUAAAUGUCUAUUCUGCCAAGAAAAUGUGGCAAAGGCAUACCACCGGUACUCGGGUUCAGGAAAGUUACACAUGGGAUGCUUCCCUUUGUGAAAAAGCAUAGAUUCUGGAGUCAAAAGGAAGCCUAAGAGACAUCCUGAUCUAAGCCCUGGGAUGUUACCUUCAGCCAGGGUAAGCAUCAUCACCUCCAUCAGAUAACUGAAUGGAGCAGUAACUGAAGCCAAAGUGAUUAAGAGACUUGGCUAUGGUCACAUAUCUGAGUAGCAGCAAAAGAACUACUGGAAUUUAAGCUUCUCUGCUUUCUCAAGCAGUAAAUCCAGCUCUCUCCCUGAGGUGUUAUGGUUAUAAAUAAUCUUUUUCAGUACAUCCUAUGCAACCAUCCAUUCUAUCAAAUGCUGUAUGGGCUGGAAUCACUGCUUUAGUUAAGGACUAACUCAUUCUCUGACUGGUUACAUUCUCUGUACCUGACCAACAAACCUGUGCCAGGGAAUCCAGGCAAAGGACUGGGUGCUUGGGGGCAGGGGGAGUGGGGAGAGUUUCUCCAUGAGACCACAGGUCAGCAAGGAAGACAUUGAGUUAAAUGCUUUUAUGAGAGUAUUUUUAAAUGCAGUAUUAAAUCAGCAAUCUGAAUCAAUUUUUCUCAAAUGUGGAUUUGGGGAGUAAGGCCUAGGGAUCUUCAUCUUCAGGAAGAUUCCCCAGAUGACCAUUAUAAACACUGAAGUUUAAGAAUUUCUAACAUAUACCCAGGUCCUAAGAAAACGUCACUUGACAGUAUAUAGUUUUAAAAUAAUU